GCCGAAUGUUCAGUUCGCAAAUCCACAUUGUCUCUUGAUCAGGCCCGUCUUCCUCACGUCCCAAACAUGAGCGCACCACCCUCUAACAUUCUGUCUACUCUGUCACCGGAAUCGCAGGCCUAUUUCAACGACAAGGUCUCCAUGUUCUUGUCCGACUGCGGGGUCUGCGACACUGUCGAGAUUGAUGGUUGUGUUCCUGUGCUACGAGUUGUAUAUUCCUUUGCAUUGAGCUCACCGCUUUGUGCGGGUCUUACUAUCAACGAAAAACUCCAAGAUGAUGCCUACCAAAAGAAGCUGCUACAAGUUGAUAGUGAAUUUCUACAAGUUUUGAGAACGUCCUUUGGGAGGAAAGACUACUCUGCAGUCAUAGGUCAUCCUGCAUUUAUCAAUCGAGAUCACUUAGGUGGACUAUUCGAAUGCACACCACCUCAGCCAUCUGCCGAUAUUGAGCGCGGGAUUUCAUCUCUCAUUGAGAGCAUCACACCUAACCUUCAAUGCUAUCUGCAUCGUAAUUUUGCCUGGCCCACCUAUAAAUCAACAAGCACGGAUGCUCAAACGGAGAACUUCGUCGACUCACUGGAGAUCCCGAUGACAACCCCAAACGUCCCGUGCUUGCUGCUAUAUGGCCUUGGCCUCGGUAUCGUAAAACCGGAGGUGGUAUCGCGCAUCUUCUACGGGACGGAAGUGGCAACGCACCUCAUCAAUACAUCUGGCUCUGGCAAGACUCAGAUACUUUGCGAAGGUCUCUUGCAAUCUUGGGGAUUCUACUUCACAUGCGAUAAGCAGCAAGCGAUUUCACUUGGAUUGCACAAUUUGCCUUGGGUGCUGCAGAAUAUGGAUAAUGGAAGAGGCACUUAGACACAAUAGAUGCACAGCACAUCACCAGUUCUUGUCAUCUCUGCUUAGCAGUGCUUUGAUUCUGCUCAAACUCCUCCAGAUGGCGAGGAAGCAACACCCACAAAUGAGUCUGGAUGAAUUCAGGAUUCACUGGCUAUAUCUCCAGUUAUGACCAGCUGACAUCUUAGGA